UUCCUGCUCCACAUAUCUAUUUUUAUAUUUUUAUACCAUUUUAAACUUUCACUUCUCUCGGACCAAACCAAAGCAAUUAUUUAGUAUACCCUUAAAUUUUAUCUUCUUCAACCUCCAUUUCUGUAUAACAACGAAACCCCACCUAAAGAGAGAGAGAGAGAGAGAGAGAGAGAUGGGGAGAGGAAGAGUGGAGCUGAAGAGGAUAGAGAACAAAAUCAACAGACAAGUGACCUUCUCCAAGAGAAGAAAUGGUUUGCUGAAGAAAGCUUAUGAGCUUUCUGUGCUUUGUGAUGCUGAGGUUGCCCUUAUUGUCUUCUCCAGCCGUGGCAAGCUCUAUGAGUUUGGCAGUUCAGGUAUGACCAAGACCCUUGAGCGAUACCAGCGUUGCUGCGUUACUCCUCAGGACAACAGCCUUGAACGCGAAACACAGAGUUGGUACCAAGAGGUAACCAAGUUGAAGGCAAAAUAUGAAGCACUGCAACGCACUCAAAGGCAUUUGCUUGGAGAGGAACUUGGACCAUUGAAUGUUAAAGAGCUGCAAAACCUUGAGAAACAGCUUGAAGGAGCUCUUGCAGUGGCUAGACAAAGGAAGACACAGAUCAUGAUAGAACAAAUGGAAGACCUCCGCAAAAAGGAGCGUGAGCUUGGAGACCUUAACAAACAGCUGAAAAUCAAGCUUGAGGCAGAAGGACAAAACCUCAAAACCAUCCAAGGUUUAUGGAGUUCUGGUGCAGCAGCAGCAGUUGAAAAUAUCAGCUUUACACUGCAUUCUUCUCACUCCCACCCUAUGGAUUGUGAUCAUGAACCUGUUUUGCAAAUAGGGUACAAUCACUUCGUUCAGGCUGAAGGAUCUUCAGCCCCCAAAAGCAUGGCUGGUGAGACCAACUUCAUCGACGGAUGGGUCAUAUGAACCUUCCCCUAUAAGAACAUAGCUAUAUAUAUAUAUAUAUAUAGAGAGAUAGACAACCUGUUCAAGUGUACAACAGAUAAAAUAUUGUGCCUGAAUCUUAAGGGAGCAUUUUUCUACUCUACUGUGAUAUAUGAUGUUGCCUAUAUAUAUCACUUUUUUACUUUCAUAUUUCAUUUUCAGUUA